UCUUCUUCUUCAAUAUUCUUUCUUCCUAUUGACAAUGUUACUAUCAUUUAUACAUUUGUCUAUAUUAUCAUUAUUCAAUAUGAUAUUUAUGAUUAUUACAACUAAUGUGAUGUUGAAUCCUUUAAAACCUAUAAAAAUAACAUUAAAUCAUGGUGGAUCAAUUAUUGGAAAAGAAGAAAUUGUACAGAUUGAUGGAAAAGAAAUUCAAGUCAAUAGUUUCUUAGGUAUACCUUAUGCAUCAAAACCAAUCGGUAAAUUACGUUUUGCUCCACCAAUAAAACAUCCCGGUUGGAAAGGUUUAUAUAAUGCAACUAAAUUAUCAGCAACAUGUUGGCAAUAUAUAUUUGUAGGAUUUGAUGCUGUUAAUGUUGCUGGUAAAAUGUGGAUUAACAAUACUGAAAUGAGUGAAGAUUGUUUAUAUCUUAAUGUAUGGACUCCAAAACCUAGUGGCAAAAAUUCACGGUUUCCAGUUAUGGUAUGGAUAUAUGGCGGUGGGUUUACUUCAGGCAGUGCUAAUCUACAAGUAUAUAAUGGAGCUAUACUUUCAGCUACACAAAAUGUAAUUAUUGUUUCUAUGCAAUAUCGUGUCGGUGCAUUUGGUUUCUUACGAUUAAAGCCUAAUACUACCGAUCAAACGCAAACUAGUGCUCUAGGUAAUCAGGGCUUAUUAGAUCAAUUAAUGGCAUUAAAGUGGGUAAAAGAGAAUAUAGAACAAUUUCAUGGUGACCCAGAUCAAGUGACAAUAUUUGGUGAAUCUGCCGGAGCAGUCAGUGUAUCAAUUCUAUGGAUGUCACCAAUUGCUCAACCAUAUUUUCGUAGAGCGAUAUUACAAUCAGGUAGUCUAUAUGCUAGAUGGGGUUUAGACACUGCAGAUGAAGCACACGAGAAAGCAGAUAUAUUCACUCAGGAAUGUGGCUGCCAAUCGCCUUCUGUAGACCGUAAAGCUAGUUUGGAAUGUCUUCGAAAGUUGGAUCCAUUAACACUUGUUAAUCAACUGGAUAGCAUAAAUGUAGCUAUUGGUAAACGUCGUUAUGAUACUGUUAAAAAAUAUCUACGACCCAAAAAUCAUCAACGUGAACCAUUCCUAUUAAGUCAGUCUACAAGUACUCGAUUGUAUUUCGAUGUUCCAUUGCAACCAGUUAUUGAUGGUCAUCUUAUGCCGAAACAUCCUGAUCAAAUUUUUCAUGACAAAAAUGCAUUAAAAGAUAAACCAGAAUUAUUGAUUGGUGUUAACACCAACGAGGCAAUGUUUUUCCUCCUCCCAGGUAUUUCAAUAAAAGAUACGCAAUUCCUAUUCCCAAAUGGUUCAGUUAUUAUGCCUGACACUAUAGGAUUGGCUGGUAAGAAACAACCAUUUAAACAAGGAGAAGAAAUAGCCGAUUUCUAUUGGAUCACAGCCACACAGAUAAUAGAAGAAUCUCAUAUGAGACCUGGUCUAGCAAAAUUACCAUCAUAUUAUUAUAAUUUACCACUCAUUUCCAGUCCAAAACAAGGUUACUAUGAUCCGGAUACCAUACACAUCAAAGAUGAAGAACUUCUCAGACGAUUAGAUAAAUUUGCCGGUGAUUUAGACUUUGCUUGUCCAACUUUAAAUUUUGCUGAACAAGUUGCUAGAUUACCAGAUGCUAAAGUAUUCCUAUAUCAUUUUAAUAAACGUACUGAAUCACUUCCUAUGCCUACAUGGACAGGUGUUAUGCAUGGCUAUGAAAUUGAAUAUAUUUUUGGUAUACCACAUGAUCCAGAAUUUUCAAAACAAUUUUAUAGUUUUACAGAUCCUGAAAAGAAAUUCAGUUCCAGAAUGAUGGAAAUGUGGACUAAUUUUGCUAAAACUGGACAUCCAUCUAAAAGUGAUGAUGGUCACGUGUCUAUACCAGAAUGGCCUUUGUUUCGUCGUACUGAUGGAUUUAUAUCAAGCGACCCUGAUCAUUUGAUUCUAGAAAAUGAGACUAAACUCGGCAGUGGAUUACACCGUGAUCGUUGUGCGUUUUGGUUACAUGAAAUGAAAGACAUGACAGAUAUAUUAAACGAUACAUGUGAAUGUUCUAGUGGAAUAAAACCAACUGGAAGUUAUCGAUUCAUCAUUGGAUUAUGGUUACUUCUUUUCAUUGGAUAUUUAUAGAGUAGUUUUUAUAUUGAUGAAAAUGUUUCUUUUUUUUCUUUUUCUUGUUGUUCUUCUCGUUGUUCGUGUUGUUGUUGUUGACGUUGUUGUGGGAGACAGUUUGCAACGACAAUGAACAGAAGAGAUUGUUUUAAAUCUAUUCAAAUUAGUGGAAUUAAAAUUGAAUUGGUGAUAGUUGGGCAACUUCUUCUUUUUCAUCUUCUUCCUCUUCUUCUUCUUCUUCUUCUUCUUCUUUUACCGAAUUUGACAUAUAUAUUCAUAGAUGAAUAGAUAGAUAGAUAGAUCUCCUCUUUCAUCGUAAUUCAAAUAAGCAUCUCAGUUUAUUCAAUAGAGUUUUGUUGGUUGGUUGGUUAGUUCUACACUUUCACUAUAACGGAGUUCAUUGUAUACACGUUCAUAUUACAUCUAGUGUAUUGUUUACAUUUCUCAUGAUCAAUAUUGUAAAGUUAAUUCAUAAAAAUGUUCCAUUGUUCCAUAGAUAUUUACCUCUGUUAAUUUCUCUGUUGUUGUUUUUUUUGUUUGUUUGCAUAAAUCUAUACUUUGUAUAAAAACAAACAAACAAACAAUCGAUAAAACUCAUACUUAUUUACUUACUUAUAUAUCUGUUACCUUUUGUGGGGGGGGGGAGAGUACAGUUUGCCCAGCAACUCAACACAUCAUAUACAUUUCAUAUAUUGUGUAGUAACUAGUUCAAUUUUUUAUAAAAAUGAUUUCACAGAUUUAGAAUGUAAAAAACAAAUCAGUAUUAUUUUAAUGUUUUUUCCCCCUUUCAAAUUACCAUUAACCGACUAAAUUGAUUUUAUAUUUAAAUAUUGUAGACUUUUUAACAUAAAGUUAAAGCUUAUUCAGUGUUUGGUUCUCCUGUGAUGCAGGAUUCAGCUAUACUGUUUGAGUUGUCAUGUGAAAGUCUGUAUGAUGCCUGGUUCUUUUGAAAACCAAUGUAAAAUUACCCUGACCCAUAAGGGUAUAUUAUAUAACUAGACAUUUGAACUAAUUUGUUGUGUAUUUUUUUGUGUGUGCUCAGUUUUGUUGUUUUGUUGCUUGUUUUAUUCACUACUAAUAACUAACUACUAACACAUGGUAACAAUGAAUAUUGUUCAUUCUAUUCUUGUUUAAUGAAAUAAAAUAAGAAG